GACUUUCCGUUCCCGGGCACGCCAGCGUUCUAGUGGUUGUGUAGCGGCGGCAGUUUUGUUUCUUUUCGGAGUCAAACGGCCUGUCAGGUGUUGUUCUUUCGCUGCUUCUGUCUAAAAUAAGCCGCACCGUGAGCCCGGUACAGUGACAGUUCAUUGAAACCUACACAUCGAAAGCGCAGAUAUUGGACGCCGAUGGAGAUCGGAGGUGAAGACGGCACAUGCUUUCCUCUGUCGUGUAUGGGGUAUGUUUUUAGUGUUCAUCCUAUCCAGGAAGAAGACACAAGGACCCGCCAGGCCUGCAGCAAACAGCUUACAUGAACUGUUCAAAGUGCAAAGUGUGCAUCGCACGCAAAAUACAAGAACUGUUGAGAGACCAUUCAGAUGAACGGCCGAGCGGGAAAGGCCGGGGAGAGACGCCGUACACCAAGACGGCGGGGGCCUUCAGGUGCGGCGAGUGCGACGGCAUGUUUUACUCCCGCAACCACCUGGACAGGCACCGCAGGAUGGCGCACCGGAAGAUGGUGUACCGGAAGGCGGUGCACCGCAAGGUGGAGGGACGGCACCAGUGCCGCCACUGCCCCUUCUCCAGCGACCGCGCGGACGGCGUGGCGGCGCAUGAGCGGACCCACACGGGCGAGACGCCCUUCGUCUGCUCUACGUGCGGCAAGGGCUUCACCCAGCAGGGCCACCUGGCCAGGCACCGCCGGGUGCACACGGGCGAGCGUCCGUACGUGUGCUCCGAGUGCGGCAAAGGGUUCACCCAGAACCAUGUCCUCAUUAGGCACUUGCGGACGCACUCGGGUGCCAGACUGCACUCUUGCCUUCUGUGCGGGUUCAGGGGCGGCGAUGCGAACAGCGUGAGGAAGCACGUGAUUGCAAUGCACUCCAAGGAGUACCCCCACACGUGCGAACGCUGUGGCAAGGGGUUCAUUUUCCCGUAUGAGCUGAGGGCCCACCUGGCCAGGAAGCACGCCGGCAGAGAUUGACAGUAGGGACGUUGCGAGCCCGCCGAGGCUUGAGUUUUCUUGGGUUCGGCUCUUGCAAACUUUUAACUAGAGGUGUACGAUUAAUGAAAUUUCGGAUCAUAUGGAAUAUUGUCGAAUAGCCACCAGAAAUUCAAAUGGCAAAUUGCAUUUUGAAUAUCAAAACGUUUCCUACACAACGGGCUCCUCCAUCCUUUCCUCUUAGCACAGAAAACACCCGAGAGGGGGCAAGACGAAGCAAGGAGGGACUCACCCCCUCUCUGGCGUAUGCUCUGCUAAGUGGAAAGGGUGAAGGGCUUGGCGGGAACCGCCUGUCCUGCUUUUCUUAGCCUGCAACAGGGUAUAGCAGCGCACGAAGAGCAAAAAGAAAAAUCGGACUAAGAAAAAAAUGCAGCUACGUGUUUGCUCUAUAGCAGAAUACACGGAAAGAAAACCGCUUUUGGUUAGCACGAAUAAAAACGGCGUUGGUGACUGUGGCUCCGGAAAGUUUGAGACGCAGCUAAAUAAAGUGACCACCAUCCACGGGUGUAUACGCAGAGUGCGGAGUAAAUGGACAAAUACAGCUUAUCCGUUGCAAUCGGUUGGCGUCUUGCACUGUUUAGCCGCUGCACCUCGCUUGAUGCCGCGGAAGGCGUCAUUAGCGGACGAGACUGGUUCAAGUAUAGAUUUUUGUAUUUGGCAAUUAAAUGUCAUGUUAGAACCACUCCCUGCAUAUGCUACCUAACAGCAAGUCGCAUUGGAGGAAACAGUUUGUCCUACGGCGAAAUGUGUUGGCUCUUAACAAGCAUGUGUUUUCAGUGCACAAGAGAUGGCUGCAGGUGACACGAGAUAUUUGAAUUUGAGGGCGACGUAUGUGGUUUACGGUGUUUCAUGGUUUCCUCCUUAGGACUACAGCCUACAAGCUAUUUCCCAUUGGAAUACUUAGUCAGUUAAGGCCGCUUGAUGCGUAGGCUUGAAUUCAAUUUAGCGGAAACCUGUGCAAGCUAUGUCGUCAGAUGGACAGCGUUUCUAAAUAGAAUCCGAUUUUUCUCAGCAGAGAAUUCAAUGUGUCGAGUUAUUUGAAGUAUCAAAUGCUAUAAAUUAACAAAACAGUAAUCUAAUUAUUCAGUAAAUCAGUAUUUGAUUCCAAUUUGAAACUUGAAUAUCGCUACUUUUAAUGUAAACUUAGGCUGGUUUGACUAUGCCACCUGGGGGAGGAGGGGACACAGUAUUUAUCAGGUGUAUUGCUUCACUGUAUUGCGCUAUAUUACGUCAAAUUCACAACUGCAAAAUUAUUUGCUUCCCAAGAGUUUGAAAUUUUUGUGUCGAAGUCGACCAGCACUGUUCAAACUUAUAGCUUUGUCUAACACCGCCACAUACACUAAGGUUUGCCGAGCCAGUCAUACCUCAAGGUUUGAGAAAAGCUUUUGAAAUGCUUAGUAAAAAAGGACUAGCUUUGGUUUGGAUGUGAUUUUAGCUACUGCCAGGUUUUCAAGGUUGCCGUUGCGUGGUGGCGGACGGUUGUGCUCAUGAUGCUGAAAAGUGCCUAAAAGGAAAUGUGUUGCUGGAGAGUUUGUGAAUAAAUUCCUUUGCGAUUA